AUUUCGCGCGAAGCGCGGACUUGCCCUAGUAAUAUAAAGUUUAGUCUUCGACGUUUGGCUAAUUCUCUCUCGGUCCGUGCUAAGAUCGAUCUUAAAUCGAUUACAGGUCCUCUUCUUGUUUAAGCCAUGGCUAAUCGCUACGAUCCGAAUCCAUUCGCUGAGGAAGAAGAAGUCAAUCCUUUCGCUGAAUCCUAAGAUGCCGUGUGAGACCAAACCGACAAAGGAACAACUUGUUGCCACGUCAGCACGUUGAUUCUUUCACCGACUCGGAGUUCGCCAUGUAUCUUCCUAACGGCUAGUUUUUGUUAGCCGUCUUUUGGUCACCACAAGAAAGGAAGGGGGAAGGAAGCUUCUUCGUUCAUUAAACAUACUUGGAGACAUUUUGAGCAUAUAUCAAGAAAUCUCACUGUGUAUAGAUACCGUGAAGUAGAAAAUGGCAUUGGGAAAGAAGAGAAUCGUUGCCCAGAAAUCGAACUUGAAGCAUCGUCGUGGUGUGGAAGAAAGAGGAUUAGGGUUAGAGUUAGAGUUGGCUCAGUACAAGAAAGGUUUUGGGAUGAAGAGGACUCUGGUUUCAGACACUGGUGAUUCGAUUUUCACUUCACCAGUCAGGAAAAUCUCAUCGAAGAAGCUUUCGUCUGCAAGUUGUCAAAGUGGAGAGCUUGAAGAUCUUCAUCUAGAUAUUCUGGUGAGAAUCAUAUGUGGCGUCGAGCAUGAAGACUUGAAACAACUGUUUCAUGUUUCAAAAACAGUAAGAGAAGCUACAUUAAUCGCAAAGCAGUUACAUUUCGCGUAUAGUACACCUCGGAAAACCUCUGUUUUUCAACAUAGCAAAUUCGGUUUAGAUAAACCGUUUGGUUUAGGUGAUGGCUAUGCUUAUGAGAUAGAAGCCCCGGGAGCCCCAUUGCAGAAAAGGUACCGUUUCCGUAACAAGGACGAUUCUGGAGUCUCAGUGGCUUUAUUCAAGUAAUCAAACAGCUUGGUUUGAGGCUAAUACCAAUCUACUUGGUUUCUUCAAGAUUCUUGAUUGAAGAAACAGUAUUAUAAGUUAUGUUCGUAAGUUUUGGUUUGGAUAGGUCUCUGUAAAUUGUUGUUAGAUAAAAAGAAAGAUAGGGUUUUGGAGAGGCUAGCUUGUUUAGAAGGUCAGAAAUGUUUUUGUUAUGUAAGGUAAAUAUAGUAUAUUUGGAUUUAUUUAUGAAGUUGUAAAAUAUAUAUAGUAAGCAACAUAGCAUAUUUGCAAUAUUUUUUAUUGCAAUUUAA